UUUUGUAGUCUAAUCACUCAGACCCAUCAUGUAUUUUCAGUUAUGCAUUCAGGGGAACAUUGUUCCCCGAUGGAACAAUUUGUUUGCUUUGAGUCUGGACAACUAAUCUCUCUGCGAACAUGUCGAAGCGGCCGGGCAGCCCCCUGUCUGGCCCGCCAGCAAAGAAGAGCGCGCCGGCCAUUGCAAAUAUCAAUUUUGGACCGGUCACUGGCCAGGAAGAGCUAAACCUAAAAACGUUACAGGUUCAGAACAAAAUGCUCAGCGAAAAGAAUCGGCAGAAGAUAGCCCAGGACCACUUGCUUCGGAAACGUCUUGAGUCGCAGGAGGCCGCCAGGGAAGAGCUGGAGAAAAAGGUGGCUGUAGUAAUGGGCCAUUGGAGUCGACUGGAUGAGCAGGUGCAGGCAAUGCUCUACCAAUGUGGAGCGGUGAGAACUUUGGGAAAACAGCCAGAUUGUGCCAGUCUGCCAGUACGUGCGCUCCUCAAGAAGGUGCAACAGGCAGCAGAUGAAAGUCUGGCUUCUGAUGCGCUACUCGAGCGCUGCAAGUUUACCGUGUCUAGUAUCCGCGAUCUGACCCGCACACUUGAACACCUGUACCAGCGAGUGAGCGAGGAAUGCACCGACGUUGAUUUAGGGAAGGAGAAUGAGCGGCUUGAAGAGCUGGUGACGGCGUUGCGCGGCCAAGUGUGUGAAUCGGGCGCAGCCCACGACAAGAUCAUUAAUCUGGAGGAGCGAGUUAAGAUGCUGAAGGCAGAGCUGGAAAGCACGCAGUACGACCUGGGCAAGGCGGUGGAGAAGACGGAGAAGGUGAAAAUACGCCUUGAGGACGUGAACCAACUCCUGAGCAACGCCGAGCAGCAGGCGGUGCUGUCGGCCGGCCAAGCUGGCAGCGCGCAGCCACACACUGACCAGACACUACCGCCAGCAGCAGCGUCUCAGAGCGGCAACAGCGUGGGUACAGCCGAGCCGGCCGACAGUAGUGUGUACGAGGACCUGAAGCUGGCGCAGGACCUCUCUGGCAGUCGCCUGAAGGAGAUUGAGCAGCUGCAGCAGCGUCUUCAAGAGGCCGUCCUUGACCUGGAGCUUGCGCGCUCGGCGGUCCACCAGGUGUCGGACACCGCCAUUCAGCACUCACCACUGUUCCUCUCGCUGCAGUCGCAGUACUCCACGCUGUUCCAGGAACGACAGCAGCUGAAGACGCAGGUGGAGGAGGCGCUGGAGCAACUGAAGGAGUGCAAGGAUCAGUACGUGGCUCACCUGGACAAGAUCGAGACGGACGAGAUGAAGUACCACCGCGCCGCGCAGGAAGACAUCAGCCGGUUGAGCGACCGACUAGCGGACUCGCAACGCCAGCUGCAGGCAGUGCGCAUGGAGAACGAGCAGAACCGCGUCGCCAGCGACCAGGCCUCCACGCUGAAAGAGCUGCGACGAUUCGCCGGUGGCCUGCAGAAGGAGAACAAGCAACUUAAGGCCGAGCUGACACGUUGUAAGCAGACGGUGGAUGAGGCCAACCGUCGGCUGGAGAGGCUGCAGGACGGAGUGCCGCUCGCAACCCUGGAGAUUCGCGCCAUCGAGAAACGUGUUACGGACAAGCCGAAAGAGGUGCAGAGCGGCGAGGCGAAGGACAAUGGGACUCUGAAGGAAGAGCUCAAGAAGAUGAAGGAGGAGCUGAAGAAGGCUCAGGAGUCUGAAAAGGAGUCGAAAAUGCUUCUGGAUGCGUACAAAGGUGUCUCGAAGGACCUGCGAGAAAAAGCUGACGUAAUGGCAAGUGAAGCUAAGCAGAAGAUCAAACUGGAGGAGUUGCAGCAGACACUGGAUGCCCAGCGUGAGCGCCUUGCCCGUGACUGUCUGAAUGACUCGGAGGCGUCGCAGCGCUGGAAAGAAGCACAGGACACCAUCGAGGAGCUUCACAAGUCGCUCGCGUCCAGCGAGCGAAAUCACACUGCCUUGCUGAGCGAAAUGGAACUAACUGGCGAUGCGUUCGAGGACAUGCAAGAGCAGAAUGCCCGUCUCCUUUCACAGCUGCAGGAGAAAGACGACGCGAACUUCAAGCUCAUGUCCGACCGCUACAACGCAAACACAUUGCACAGUUUGUUGCGCGAGGAAAAGCAAGCGAUUGACGCUCACGCUCAGAUGCUUCAGCAGCAGAUUGGCACGCAGUCUGAGCUCAUUCAGCACCUGCACGAGAAGGAAACUCUGCUGCAGAUGGAUCUGUCUGGACACGACGACGAGGUAGUUCGUCGUCAGGCUCAGGCUGAUAGUCUGAAGCGGAAGGCACUGGAGUGUGCCCAGUCAGCGCAGGAUCGCAAGAUCCAAUCUGAGAAAUCGGCCACUGAGGUGAGAGAGUUGCGUCAGAAGCUAGCCGAGCAGCACGUGAAGGUGGAACAAGACCAGCACCAGAUGCGCAGGCUCAAGGAAGAAAUCACCAGUCUCCAGAAGAAGUUAGACCGCAGUAAACAGCCGCUGCCGUCAGCCAAUGCCGAUGAGAUCCUUCAGGAAGAGGUGAAGAUCUACAAAAAAAAGCUUACCUGUCCGUGCUGCGAAGCAAACAAGAAAGACUGCAUCCUCAUCAAAUGUUACCACGUGUUCUGCUUCGAUUGCGUACAUAAGCGAUAUGAAAGCAGACAGCGUAAGUGUCCAAAGUGUAAUGCAGCAUUUGGCGCAAACGAUUAUCACCGCGUGUACCUCUGAGGAUGCGCGCGUGUGUGCGUUCUUUUCGCAUAGUCCCGUGCUGCUGUUGCCUUGGCCGCUGGCGUUGUCAAUGUCAUCAAGCAUGGGUGUGUGUGUGUCUCGUGUGUGUGUGCGUGUGGAGUUUGGCUGCGUUC